AUGGAUGCAUCGGCAGUUCUCUACGCCCUUACAGUACUUCACGCUGGCUAUCUAAUUCAACUUUCCUUCCGCCAACCGAGCAGCAAAGUCAUUUCAACAAAGACUGAAGCAUGGUUGAUGUGGAUCGCUGCAUCACCUAUUGGCAUGGUGUUUGCGCGAACAAUCACACUCGCCAUCGCCCUUCACCAGGCUGUUGUUGCCUUGUCGCUUUCGCAUACGUUGCCGAACAGCGAUAAAGUGUUGCAGACCCUUUGUCCAACUCCCCAAUACUUGGAUCCUCGGCUUUUCAAAUGGUCAAACACUACCAUUGCUACCCUGGCGUUAUUGUAUCUAGGGAGCUAUAUCCGUUUCCAAGCGUACGCACAACUCGGAACAGACUUCACCUACCGACUCGCCAAACCAGACCAGCUCGUCACCUCAGGACUAUACGCACAUGUACGACAUCCGUCUUACACCGGCCUUCUUACGGUACUUCUGGCAACUCACUCGUUAUUCUUUCGCCAGAGAGGGCUAGUGAGCUGUUGGGCACCGUUAGUGGACGAGACGGUUAUCACAGAUGAUAAGUAUACUCUUUUGGUGCCUGUGGUUGGCUUCAGCUGCACAAUAUACAUGUUCAUGGUCCGGAGAGUGAAAGACGAGGAAGCAAUGAUGGAGAAAGAGUUUGGGCAGCAGUGGAGGGAAUACAGGUUGCGCACCAAGAAAUUUAUUCCAUAUAUCUACUAA